CGACUGUGAAAUGUGAAUUUUCAGUUUUCACUCUAAUAUUUUGUGUGAUAUUGUGUUUGUAAUUUGAUGAAUAACGAUGUUCGCGUACGUUUGAUAAAUGGUGGAAUUUAUCCGUUGAGCUAAAAGUAAAUUAAAUAACUCGUUUAAUUUUCUAUUACACUUAACAAAUACUAUUCGUCUUAUGAUUUCUAAAAUGCAGUUUUAAAUAUGGAAUUUUCUGGCCCAGGUAAAUCCCCGAAUUCUGCGUUAUCGUUUAGAUAUAAUGCAAACAACGAAGAGCUUGAAGAAUUAUAUCAAGCUUGUGAAUCUGAAAAUGUAUUACCACAAGGAGAUCAACCAUUAAAAAGUGAAACUGCAAGCCCUAAGAAAACAGAAAAGACAUCAUCUAUCAUAGAUAAAUAUUUUAAAUCUAUUAGAUCUGAGAAAUCCAGUGAAAAAGUUGAAGAUGUUAAAUCUGACCCAAAGCCAACUGAAGAGAGCAAAAGUUCUACUCCUAAAGAAAUUUCUUCCUCACCCAUGAAAGAAUAUUUGAAUCGUCUUGGUAAAAGAAGUACUUCAGAAAGUUCAGAUAUAAAGGAACCUAAUGAAACAUGGAAAAUAUUCCAUGAUUUUAAAUUUAAGAUUGCUCAAGCUGUAGAGGACAUGAAAACAAAAUCUGUGGAAGAAACAAAAGAAAAGUCUCUACCAAGAGACAACUCUACAUCAGACUCUGAGGAAAAUUCUACUACCAAAGACUUAGACCAACAUAGCAUUGGUGAUACUGAUAAUCAGGUGUCCUCACUUGAUAGCAGUAUACAGAAUUUAUCUGAGGUGACUCAACCAAUCACCGCCAAAGUUAAUGAACAAGAAAAUCGUGAAAAUAACACUAAGAACCAUUCAGACUCUAGUGAUGACACACAAAAAAAUCUAAGGUUAAGUGAAACAGAUGUAACUAAGGAUAUUUUGAAUGAUAACAGCAUUGAAGUUGAAUCUGGUAUAGAGGCCCUUGAGGAUACAAUAGACGCAUUUGGCGAUGUUAACACUAUUGAUAGUCCAUUGAGUAGACCUGUUGACAUGAAAAUUAACCCACCAACGCCAAUAUCCACUCCAGCCAAUUUUGGCCUGCCGCCAAGUAAAAGCAACUUAUCAAAACCGGAAUCACACAAAAAGUCUAAGAGCUACAUUUUUAAUUUCACAUUGUAUAUUUUAACUAUUUUAGUAGUUGUUAAUUAUUUAUUGUUUCCUAAUUGUAAUGUGUGGAAUGGAUUCUUUUUGGGGCUGUGGUUUUUCUGUUUUGUGAGUAAUGUCAAACAGUGGGUGCUAGAUACAUACUUUAGUGAUUGGGAGCCGAGUAGUAGAACCUUUUUCCAAUUGAAGAGGAGCAGUACCAUACCCAUAGCCUACACUAUUCCGUCUGUGAAGGAGCAUACACCGUUGAAAAAGUAUGAGGGCUGGAUAAAUCACUAUAGAUUUCCCGAUUACGACCCCUUUACCUACCACAUAAAUAAAACAACAACUGCCUUUGUGAAACUCGAGGGUUGUAACCUAAGAAUAUCGUAUACGCGUACAAAAAUUGCGAAGAGAGCUCUAUGGGAUGAGAAGAUCGACAAAGUGACUUUCUAUCAGCACAGGCUCUAUAACCUUACCGGCGCUCGAGUCAUUCUCUUACCAAAUGGACUUGUUAAACGGCGGCAAUGGAGCAAAAAAUACCCCAUAUGCAUAAUACUGAACGAGAAAGAAAAAAUUCAAGUGUUGGAGAAAGAGAAUUCAAUAGAGAAGAAAGUGGCAGAAUUGGACAAGAAGAGUAAAGAAGCGACGUUAGAGACUGAAAGUACAGAGACAAAUACAAGCCCGGAGAGGAAGAAGAAGUUUAUUUGGAGGAGAAGAGAAAAGAGUAUUUCGCAUGAAACCGAACCGGGAUGGGAAGGUCUCAGACAUAGAUUAGUCAGGAAAAUGCAUAGAGAUAAAAAGACGGAUAGCGUAUCAACCAUAACAGAUCCAGAGACAAGUGAAAAGCUGGAUGAUGGUGAGGAACAAACGACAAAAUCCAUCGCCAGUACAAGGGAGGAUGAUGAUGAUAUAGAUGAUAACGAAUUGUCCAAAAUCAAGGAGCUCCUUGAAGAAACGGAGUUGGAUCCCGUGGCGGAAGGUACUACGGAAGGGGAAUGGAGUGUACACGUCAAACAAUCGAGAGACAAACAUUCACAUCUCUACCUUUUUGCUAGGACGGGUCGAGACAAACACGAGUGGUAUCGCCGUUUUAUGAUAUCGAUAAGCGAAGCGAGCGCGUCAGCGGAUACGUCACCCAACGAAGACAAAUCUACGAGUGAUCCCCAAGAAGGAAAAGAGGGGAUUGAAUUAGCCGUUUAUAAGCUUAGCGAAAAAGAAACUGUCGCUUUUGGCAAGACUAAAAUGAAUGACUCGACAUCAGAUGUAAUAAAUAUAACAUCAGCCAUACAUCCUUUACCCGUCAGCUUAGAUUCCUAUGAGAAGACAUUUUGGCCAUAUAUUAUUAAAAUUAUGCAGACGCAUCAAGUUAUCACGAAACAAACCUCAGAUGUCGGCGUUAUGUGUCAAUUAGAGCCUUCGCCCCACGAGAGGAAUAAAAAAAAGAAGAGAAAAGAUUCCCAGCAGUCAACAUCUGAUUGCGAGUGUCGAACUCUUCCUGCGGAAGUGACAUGGGUGAACACGAUGCUUGCUCGCAUCAUGUACGAUAUGAUGCGAGAUCCCGUACUCAUUGCGAGGCUGCAGAAUAAGAUACAAAGGAAAUUGAAUACGCUUAAGCUGCCAUCAUUCAUGUCACCCCUCCUAGUGACAAAAUUGUCACUGUCGGGCGCGUGUCCGUUAGUCUGUGGCGUACAACCGCCAUCUUGUGACGCACGCGGCGUGUGGCUAGACGCACACUUGCGGUACGAUGGCGGUGCAUACAUAGCCAUACUUACGCAAAUCAACCUCAUGAAGCUGAAAGAGAAAAAUAUGACAUUAGAAGAGCAAUUAAUGGAAACUCAAGAGCCGGUUGUCGAAAGGGAGCUGACUGCGUCUCCCACUCUACGUGCUACUAGCCCUGAGCUGCGGAAACGAAAACCAGCGAUUUACGAUUCGGAUGUGGAGGACUCAGCCGAGUCUUCGAGUGAUGAUGAAACCCCACCCGUACAGCCUGUCGAUAGUGGUGAAAAUAUCGUUUUGUCAGAUACAGCACCAACCGUUUACACAACGGAAGGAGGUUCGUCAAAAAAGAAAUUCCUCAGAAUAGUUGACAAAAUAGCUACCAACAAAUAUUUCCAACAGGUAACUGACUACAAGUACGUGAAGCGAGCUAUGGAAGGUCUAUCGAACACUGACAUAAAGCUUCAGCUGGAAGUGAGCGGACUCGAAGGUCGUUUGGCUGUGAACCUCCCACCACCACCGCACGAUCGACUAUGGAUCGGGUUCCGUACAAAUCCCCAACUAGUAUUAAAGGCCCGACCAGCGUUCGGCGCUAGAUCACUUCGGUUUACCCACAUAACUAACUGGAUUGAACAAAAACUAACUAAGGAGUUUGAGAAAGUAUUAGUCCUACCCAAUAUGGAGGAUUUUAUUAUAGACGUCAUGACACCAACGCCCGUUGAAUUUGAAUGAGAUUGUCCAUAUUUGUUACUUGGUAAACAUUAGUUUAAAGAUUUGUGUGUCAUGCUCAACCACAAUUUGAUUGUUUUAUUGUUAUAAUACUUUAAUAAAAAAUCUGGGCUUAUACGAGACGGUAUUGCUACGAGUCGUAAAUAAUAAUAUAGAAACGGGGUGAUAUAUAUUUAGUGUGAAAAUUUGGUGUUUCGUGUUACAAAAUAUAUCUUUUAUUUACGAGAGUAUGUAAUGAUUUUGUUGUUGUCUAUGGUGUUUUAAAACGUUUUUCUUAUUGCAUUUGCGCAACAGUAUUUAAUAUUUAUUUAAUUGUAUAUAGUAUUAGAUAUGUCACUGUAAAAUUGUAAAUAACGUCACAAUGUUUCGUGAUAUUCUUAUAUAUAACUUGUUUUUCGAUAGUUUCAACCCAAGAUUUUUUUUCGAUCGCAACUUUUAAGCUAUUGCAUAGCUUCUAUCGUGAGCCUUGAGCGUCGAGACCGAAUCCAGAAAUUCCGUAACGAAAAUAACCUAACACACGAUACGCGUUAGAGUAAGACAGAUUAUAUAGGCGUGUUAGUCUGAGUCUGGUAAAGUG